AUGGACGAUAAGUUGGUCGCCAUCUCAGCAUCGGUGCACGUCUCGACAGAUCGCACAAUAUUCAUCUGGAGCACGAAGGAGUUCGCUAGUACGAAGGAUCGCAGAUCGUUCCGGAUUAACGUAGACUAUGACCAUGCAGUACGCGUGCGCUGGAGUCCAGAUGGACGCGCAUUGGUUGCUUACAAAUAUAACGAAGGUUGCAUUGAGGUGUACAAAGUGGAAAAAGUGAACGGCUGGUUUCAGAAUUCCACGAGGGGCUUAACAUUCCCUCGUGCCUAUAUGGAUGAUAUAGUGGGCUUUGGAAUGGCACCAGACGGAAAGUUUCUAAUGACCUGUUCAAAUAGAACCGACCUGACCAUAUGGGAUGCCCGAGCAAAUGUACUAGCGAAAGUAGACACUUUUCUGAUGAACACGUAUGGUGCCAAAGUUUCUCCUUGUAGUAAAUUCAUCGCUGCCUGUGGAUUUGCCACUGAUGUACCUGUCUGGCAUGUUAGGUUUAGUAAGACGGGUGAAUUUCAAACUGUGCAAAAAGCUUUUGAUCUUACUGGACACAAGUCAAGUAUUUACGAUGUGGCAUUCGAUCAAGACACAUCCAAAACAGCUACCGUAUGUAAAGAUGGAACAUGGAAGAUAUUUAAUACUAAUAUUGACUACCAGAAAGGAGAGAUGCCACGAUGCCUUGCUUCUGGAACUUAUAACGCUACCGAUGCUGCUUCCCUUAUAGCUCUCACUCCUGCUGGUGAAGUAGUUGCAAUAGUUGUUGGAAAAUCCAUACAAUUAUAUUCGACAAUUUCAGGAGAAUUAGAAGGAAUAAUUGAUAAUCUCUGUUCAAACCAAAUCUCAUCUAUUCAAUUCGAUGCGACAGGGAAAUAUUUGGUGGUCAGUGCCGAUCGUUACGUUCGUGUUUUCCAUAAUAUUCCUGGAUAUAGAGUGUCUUUGGAAGCCUCUCGAGAGAAGCUAAAGCAACAGAAAAUCACAGUGGCCAUGCGUGAACGUAUUCAGAUGCAAAUUAUGGAGAAUGAAGCAUUUUUAAAAAAGUUUGAAUGA